AUGGACACCUUCCCAGGCACAGCCUCCAGACCCCAGGACGAUUUUUCACAACCGCCUUUGACAAAUGGCGAAGACACAGAAGAUGGCUCUGAUAUCGACCAGCGGGUAUCCAAAACCCACCACCGAGCACCUAUGAUGAUCGACUGGCGUCGUAAAAUCUGCAGUUUCCUUAACAUGUCCAGUACCUGCACCGAUGACGAGAUAAUCGAGGAGCUCGAAGUCAAGGACAAGCUCUUGAGAGAAUCUGAGUCCUUGAAGCGAUUGGCCCUUUCUAAUCAGGGACCACCCAGAGUUCAAAUAAUCAAUCGAAUCAGUUGUCAAGAUUCUGACGAGCAAGGCCUCUACCUAGAUGAACCUUGGCUUGUCGAAAACGGUCCUCAUCGAGCUCACCUGCGUUGCAGUCGAUUGCUCGAUAAUCUGGAACUGUACCUUGAGCGGAACAAGGACAUUGUUUGUAUUGCUUACCGUGACUACGAGUGCUGUGGAAGGCCGCCGCCUGUCCCAAAUCCCGGUCAUCUUGAAUUUCUCACCGGGGAAAGUGUUGACGUCGUCUCAGACGAAUUGAGAGCUGCUUGGGACCGACUUGUUGUAGCUGUCAGUGGUGACGCUGAAUUGACCACUAACAUUCCUCGAGGAACGUUCGACUCAGAGGAUGAAGAUGGUCGCGCAGAAGAAUUUCGACAUCCGUAUCUCUGGUGGUUUCGACAUCGCAAAAGGAUUGAGAGAAUAAAGUCCUACCUGAGCCAAGAGUCCAAAGACCAACUAGAAGCAUUUCAAGACUAUUUGAGGGUUUAUCUUGGUGAUGAAUGGACGAGAGUCGAUUCCUUGAUUCUCGAGGGGAAGAUUACAGCCAAGUACCUAGGUUAUCUCUUUGCUCCUGGGCAAAUUAUCAUCUCAAAGCUUAAGGGAUUAUCAGCGGCUCAGUGGCAAGCAUAUACUUCAACCAGUUGGCUUGCUACAAGCGUCAAUGAUCCAACGAAAGGCAGUUUCCUGGCAUCAAUCUAUGUCAGUUACUGGGAUUUCGAUGGCAACUUCCAGCGAUUCAACUCGACUCUCAAUCUCUCAGGUUUGCCCUCCUUGACAGCAGAGUUUCCUAUCAACACCAUGAUGGUAUUCCCGAUGGAGUACGUCGAUGACGGUACUAGUUACAAUCUGAGGCGACGCGGCCAGAUGUUCUGGAAAUGUCGCCAUCGUAAAUAUGUUUGUGUUAGUGGUAGUCCUGAAGACAAUCUUUCUGGGACAACUUCUGGUUCUCGAUUCAUGAUCGACAGAGCAACUUUCAGACAGAUGCACCCUCCUACAAGCGGCCAACAAGCACCUGCCCGUUACCGGGAUGACCUCGGGCCUGAGAUUAUGGCCCAAGAUGAACCAUUGCCUGACUUGGGAGAUGGAUUUUACAUGUGCCUCCCGACAUUUCUAUAUGGCUUCAAUAUGCAAAAGAAGGACUGGGUUAAGUUGGAAGUUGAUCUACUUCAGGAUGUAACUUGGAACAAGGAGGCUUUUGAUCUGCUAGUCAUGGAACGCCAGACAAAGGAGCUGGUAGAAGCUGUGGUGACAAACCACUUGGACGAGGACAGGGAUACGGAUGUGAUCCAUGGUAAAGGAAAUGGACUCUUUAUACUACUUCAUGGAGGCCCUGGAACCGGGAAGACUCUCACUGCGGAAAGCGUUGCUGAGAUUGCCAAGAAGCCUUUAUACAGAGUGACUUGUGGCGACGUUGGUACGAAAGCUGAAGAAGUAGAGCGAUAUCUUGAAGUCGUGUCACUUCUUGGAAAGACAUGGGGUUGCGUGGUGCUUCUGGACGAAGCCGACGUGUUCCUAGAACAGCGGAAGCUUGAUAGUCUUGAACGAAAUGCCUUGGUCUCGGUGUUUCUCAGAGUACUGGAGUACUACGACGGAAUCAUGAUCCUUACGAGUAAUAGGGUUGGUAUAUUUGACGAAGCAUUCAAAUCGAGGAUUCAGCUCAGUCUAAGAUACAAUGACUUAGAGGAAGACCAACGGCGCCAGAUUUGGUCGAACUUCAUUAACCGGCUCGAGAAGCUCGAGACCCAGCGCAUAACACAGGCCAACGAGCAAUCUCUUAUUAAUAUUCCUAGCACCCCUCAAACUGCUCCAAGGCUCGGUGUCGACAUCAGGAGCAUGCGCGAUCGGCUUGAUGAUCUCGCGAAGGCUCCUCUCAACGGCCGUGAGAUUCGGAAUAUGAUUUCAACUGCACGUCAGCUUGCUGUUUUCCGUAAAGAAAAGCUUGGCUAUCAGCAUCUUGAUACAGUCAUGGCUGAGGCGAAGAAGUUUGGGGAGUAUAUCAAGCGUCUUCAUAAAGGAUACACGUCUGAUCAGAUUAAGAGAGGGACGUCGAACAGCCCGCAGAUGCUGGGGCAGGUGACCAGAACCCGGUCCAUGAAACCCGCCAGAGCAAAAGACCCCGCAGGGUCACCAAUGGUGGUCAACGAUCAACCCAACCUGUUCUCCCCAUUCCGCCGUAUCGGUACUAGACGGGACACUGGUCGAAUCCUCAAGAAUUUCAAGGCCAACAAGACUAAGACAGACGACAAGACGAGCCUUAGCCGUGGUGGCCAAAAUUGGGAUAUGAUAUCAAGGUUGAGUCGAUUAUGCACAAAGAACGCGGUCGCCAAAUACCAUCACAUCGAAGGAUUUAUGUGGACAGCAUCCAGGAGUCCUCCCUUAUCGACGUACUGA